AUGGCCCCUCCCGGGCCAAUGUAUGUUCCGUUUUUUGGAAUUUUGGGUGCUUCUGCUUCAAUGAUUUUUUGUGCUUUGGGUGCUGCUUUUGGUACGGCGAAGGCCAGCAUAGGUAUAUCUUGUAUGGCCUCUCGGAAGCCCGAGCUUCUGAUGAAAUCACUUAUUCCGGUUGUUAUGGCUGGAAUAAUUGCGGUUUAUGGUUUGGUUGUCUCAGUGCUCAUUUCUCAAGAAGUCGAUGUUAAUUAUUCAAUGGAGAAGUCUUUGCGCCAUCUUGGUGCUGGUCUCAGUGUUGGGUUGAGUGGCCUUGCUGCUGGUUACGCCAUUGGAGUCGUAGGUGAUGCUGGCGUUCGUGCCUACUGCAAAGAAGCAAAAAUAUUUGUCGGCAUGAUCCUCAUUCUGAUUUUUGCCGAAGUUCUUGGCUUAUAUGGCUUGAUAUUGGCCCUUAUCCUCACAUCAAAGUAG